AUGAGCGGGCUGCGGCGGCUGUUCCGCGGCAGCGGGCGGGCCCUGGCCCUCGUGUUCGCCGCCUCGGUGGCCUGGCUGCUGCUCGACAUGGCCGCGCUCCGCCUCUCGCUCGGCGAGGCGGGCGGGCGGCUGCUGCGGGAGGCGCCCCGCGCCGUGGGCACCACUCUGCGGGCAACGCCACAGGGAGACGUGGAAAGCACAGAGAACUUGCUGAAAAAAGCAGUGACCGUGCACACGCUGCGACUGCCACUGCUGGGGCCACUGCCGGGGCUGGCCGGAGCCGGACGCUGGGGACGACACCAGGAGCAGCCCCUGGAGCGGCUGGCACUGGCCAGGAUGAGCAGCAGCAGCGGGGAGCAGCUCCUGGAGCAGCUGGCACUGAACAGGAUGGGGAGGAACAGCGGGGAGCAGCCCCUGGAGCGGCUGGCACUGGCCAGGAUGAGCAGGAACAGCGGGGAGCAGCUCCUGGAGCGGCUGGCACUGACCAGGAUGAGCAGGAACAGCAGGGAGCAGCUCCUGGAGCAGCUGGCACUGGCCGGGAUAUGCAGGAGCAAAGGGGAGCAGCUCCUGGAGCGGCUGGCACUGGCCGGGAUGGGCAGGAACAGCGGGGAGCAGCUCCUGGAGCAGCUGGCACUGACCAGGAUGGGGAGGAACAGCGGGGAGCAGCUCCUGGAGCAGCUGGCACUGGCCGGGAUAUGCAGGAGCAAAGGGGAGCAGCUCCUGGAGCAGCUCCUGGAGCGGCUGGCACUGGCCAGGAUGUGCAUGAGCAAGGGGGAGCAGUUCCUACAGCAGCUGGAUGGGCAGGAACAAGCAGGGAGCAGCCCAGGGAUGCACAGAGUCCUGUCCAUGGAUGCAACGCUCGCCCCAAGAGACCCCCGAGCUCCUGGCCAGUUUGGACACCCUGUUGCUGUCCCUGAUGACAAACAAGAAGAAGCAAAAAGUAGAUGGAAAGAAGGAAACUUCAAUGUCUACCUCAGCGACCUGAUCCCUGUGGAUCGAGCCAUCGCAGACACCAGGCCUGCCGGGUGCUCUGAGCAGCAGGUCCACGACGACCUGCCGACCACCAGCGUCAUCAUGUGCUUUGUGGACGAGGUGUGGUCGGCCCUGCUGCGCUCCGUGCACAGCGUGCUCAGCCGCUCUCCCCCGCGCCUCCUCGAGGAGAUCAUCCUGGUGGACGACUGCAGCACCAAGGAGUACCUGAAGGAGCAGCUGGAUGUGUACAUGUCGCGCUUCCCCAAGGUGAAGGUGCUGCACCUCCGGGAGAGGCACGGCCUGAUCCGGGCCAGGCUGGCAGGAGCUGAGAUUGCCACAGGCGCUGUGCUGACCUUCCUGGACUCGCACGUGGAGUGCAACGUGGGCUGGCUGGAGCCGCUGCUGGAGCGCGUCCGCCUGCGCCGCACCAAGGUGGCCUGCCCCGUCAUCGAGGUCAUCAGCGACAGGGACAUGAGUUACAUGACCGUGGACAACUUCCAGCGUGGGAUUUUCACUUGGCCAAUGAAUUUUGGAUGGAGGCAGAUUCCACAAGAGGUCAUUGAGAAAAAUAAGAUCAAGGAAACUGAUAUAAUAAGGUGCCCCGUCAUGGCAGGUGGCCUGUUCUCCAUCGAUAAGAAGUAUUUCUCUGAGCUGGGAAUGUACGACCCAGGACUGGAUGUCUGGGGAGGGGAAAACAUGGAGAUUUCAUUCAAGGUGUGGAUGUGCGGAGGAGAGAUCGAGAUAGUUCCGUGCUCCAGGGUCGGGCACAUUUUCAGGAAUGACAAUCCCUACUCCUUCCCAAGAGACCGCGUGAGGACGGUGGAGAGGAACCUGGCGCGCGUGGCCGAGGUGUGGCUGGACGAGUACAAGGAGCUGUUCUAUGGCCAUGCCUACCACCUGCUGCACAGCGUGGAUGUGGGCGACCUGAGCCAGCAGAUCCGGCUGCGGCAGAGGCUCCGCUGCAGAACCUUCCACUGGUACCUGCAGAACGUCUACCCGGACCUGGAGGCUCCCCUGGUCAAGGCCAGCGGGCAGCUCGCUAACGUGGCCCUGGCGGGGUGCAUCGCUGUGGAAGGCACCGCCCUGGCUUUUGAGAAGUGCGAUGCUAACAGCACGAACCAGAAGUUCAACUACACCUGGCUGAGGCUGAUCCAGCACGGAGAGCUGUGCCUGGCCCCGGCGGGCGUGCUGGGAGCCCUGGGCCUGCGCCAGUGCAGUGCCCACCUGGUCUCGCAGCACCCGCGCCUCCCGCAGCAGCCGGCGUGCCUGGAGGUGGAUGCCGCGUUCAGGGCCCUGCGGCUGAGGCGCUGUGAGGCCGGGAACCCCCGGCAGAAGUGGCAGUUCAGCAGGUACCACGCAGACUGA